GUAACGCACAGCAACGUCCCUUCUUCCCUCUACGUUUCCCUUCUUCUCUUGCAUUCUCUUCUCUUCUCUCUUCAGUUCCUACUCCUACAACACAACACAACAACUACACCAAACACAAACACACUUUCUCGUUUUUCUCCAUAUCUUAAGCUUCGCCACCAUGAACCAAUAGCUACCUCGUAUAUUGUUCUCUCUGACACACACAUACACACUUUCUCUGUCUUUGUUCUCUGUGUUUGUUACAUGGCUUACCACAACCAACACCUCUCCCAACAAGACAACCCACUUCACUAUUUCCCACACCACUCCCUCCGUUCCGUAUUACCAGACCAACAACAGCUACCCUCCUCACCCGACCCUACCUCCAAACCUCCCUCCGAUCCACACCCUCUCCAAACCGCACCCAAUUGGCUCAACGACGCGCUCCUUCGCCCUCACUACACUGACAACACCACCAACAACAACGACAACGACAACAACAACAACGUUAACAACAACGGCUCCAAUUUCCUAAACCUCCACUCCACCUCCUCGGCCCAAUGGCUGGCCCGCCCAAUCCUCCCCCGCAACCGUAGCGAGGUCAUCGACGACGUCGCUGCCACCGCCGGCGACUCCCUUAUCGCCGGCGGCGAAUCCUCGGAUUUGAAGGAAGGGAAAGGAGAGGGUGACGGGGUGAACUUGCAGAUAGGGAGGUGGAAGGCGGAGAUUCUGGCGCAUCCGAUGUACGAACAGUUGCUGUCGGCACACGUGGCGUGCUUGCGGAUCGCCACGCCAGUGGACCAGUUGCCGAGGAUCGAUGCUCAGUUAGCACAGUCUCAGAAUGUGGUCGCUAAGUAUUCCGCGUUCGGACACGCUGCUCAGAACAUGCUCGGAGAUGACAAAGACCUUGACCAUUUCAUGUCGCACUAUGUUUUGUUGCUUUGUUCCUUCAAAGAACAAUUGCAGCAACAUGUACGGGUCCAUGCAAUGGAAGCAGUAAUGGCUUGUUGGGAGAUAGAGCAAUCCUUACAAAGUCUAACAGGAGUUUCACCUGGAGAAGGUACUGGAGCAACUAUGUCUGAAGAUGAAGAUGACCAAGUAGAUAGUGAUGCCAAUCUCUUUGAUAAUAGUUUGGACGGGCCAGAUAGCAUGGGAUUUGGCCCUCUUGUUCCUACAGAGAACGAAAGGUCCCUUAUGGAGCGUGUAAGACUAGAAUUAAAGCAUGAAUUAAAACAGGGUUAUAAGGAGAAAAUUGUGGACAUCCGAGAGGAAAUUUUACGCAAGAGACGGGCUGGGAAACUUCCUGGUGACACAACCUCUGUUCUUAAAGCUUGGUGGCAAUCACAUUCCAAGUGGCCUUACCCUACGGAGGAAGAUAAGGCAAGGUUGGUUCAGGAAACUGGAUUGCAAUUGAAGCAGAUUAAUAAUUGGUUUAUCAAUCAACGGAAGAGGAAUUGGCACAGCAAUCCUUCAACUUCUACUGUCUUGAAGAGCAAGCGCAAAAGGUGAUAACAUGUGAUGAUGGGUACAUGUAAAUGGAGCAAAAGUCAAAAAACCAAUUCCUGAAGGUACUCUGUCAGCUCUUUCUCGUUGUUCAAUCAUGUUGCGGGAGAAGGGACUCAUGGAGAGACAACGAGAAAGAACCACAUUUUGUUUCUGUUUGAUGGGCCAUGGUUGAAACAGAUAAGGAGCAAAUAUUGGUGAACCAUUUUACUUGUGCUUAGAAGGCCUGCAGAUAUAGUUUUAGUGCUUGUGAUGCUACAUAAUUAGAAGUUAAAUUAGGAAUUAUAUACCGAAACCAAAUUGGGUCACUCAAUAGAAUUAUGAUUUUGUUUAUGCUAUAUUGCUUUGUGAAAUAUAUAAAUAUAUAGUAGCGAGGUGUUAUGGGUGUAAAGUAAUAAUUUGUGCAUUUUUCCUUACAAUUAUACUAAUCUUGUUCUUGUUCUUUCAUUUGGUGUUUGGGAUGCGGAGAUCAAUUUGUUGUAGAAUUAUCAAUUAUGGUAUAAUGUAAUCUUUUACUACUUACAAUUUAAAUAUUCGUUGUCACAUGCUCCUUGUCAUAAACUCUAUCUUAGACGAGGUUGGAAGAUAAAUAAUAUCAAUGUGGUGGGUUCUUGUGAUUUGACUUGUAGAUGGAUUUUCAGUGUGAAUUUUUGAGUGGAAUAGACACCAAAUGGAAAUAAAGUGGAUAUUUUCUAU